AUGCCGACUCAUCCCAACGUAGCCAUUUCUGCGCCCGGCAAGGUGCUCCUGGCCGGUGGCUACCUCGUCCUGGACCGCAAGUACACGGGCCUCGUCUUUGGCCUGGAUGCCCGCAUCAAUGUCAUUGCCAGCCAGAUUCACUCAAGCGCUGGCGUGCAGCUCAACGAGAUUGUGGUGGAAAGCCCCCAGUUUCGGGAAGCGCAGUGGCGGUAUGGUUACCGCCUUGCGCCAGAGGGGGGUGGCAUCAAGGUGACGCAAUUGCAAGUGGGAGACCAAAUACGUGCUAACCCGUUUGUCGAAACGACGCUGAGCUAUGCCCUGACGUACGCCAACACGGUCACCAGAGACAGCCACGCCCUCAGCCCCAGCCGGCUCAUCAUCCUUGCCGACAACGACUACUACUCGCAGUCCGCGGCCGCCAAUGACACGCAUGGCCGGUUUUCCAAAUUCGACGUGACCCUCCGAGACGCCAACAAGACGGGCCUGGGCUCCUCGGCGGCCCUCGUCACGUCGUUGACCGCGGCACUGCUGACGCACUACAUGCCCCCAGCGCUCUUUGACGUGUCCUCGGACGCGGGCAAGAGGACGCUGCACAAUCUCGCCCAGGCCGCCCACUGCGCCGCCCAGGGAAAGGUCGGGUCCGGCUUCGACGUGGCGGCCGCCGUGUACGGCUCCUGCACUUACCGCCGCUUCUCGCCCGCCCUCCUCGACGGGAUCCCCGAGCCGGGCGCGCCGGGUUUUGCGGCGCGACUCGUCACGGUGGUGGACGGCGAGCCGUGGGACGUCGAGGUGACGGGCAGCGGCAGCGAUCUGCGCAUGCCGGGUGGCGUGGCGCUGCGCAUGUGCGACGUCGACUGCGGCAGCCAGACGGUGGGCAUGGUCAAAAAGGUGCUCGCUUGGAAGGCGCAGGAUGUCGACCGGUCGACGCAGCUGUGGGACGACCUGCAGGCGCGCAACGAGGCGCUGGCCGAGACGCUGCGUGACGGCGGGCUGGCGGACCUGCCACAAAAGGUGGAGGACGUGCGAGCACUCAUCCGCGCCAUGGGUCACCAGAGCGACGUGCCCAUCGAGCCGGCGUCGCAGACGGAGCUGCUGGAUGCCGUGUCCCGGGUUGAGGGCGUCUACGGCGGGGUGGUGCCUGGCGCGGGCGGCUUCGACGCGGCCGCGCUGCUGAUGGAUGAUGACGAGGCGACCAAGCAGAGGGUCGACGAGUUCCUCGCGCGGUGGAGCAAGGAGAAGAGCUCCAAGGUGAAGCUGCUGAAUGUCAAGGGCGAGAUGGAAGGCGUGCGAAGUGAAGACCUUGACGUGUACGACGGAUGGCUGUCAUGA